UCUUUCUAUCUCCAAUCUCCCUCCUUUCCUUUUUCAGUCUCUUCCCUCCAUCACCACCAACACCAAAACUGUUGUUUGUUUUUGAUUGAUUUGCUGUAAAAAAACUCUUUUUUUAUUUUUUUGUAUUACAUGUGAGAUGGGGUGCACGGUGUCAAAGCUCGACAACGAGGACACGGUGCGGCGUUGCAAGGAGCGGCGCCAUCUCAUGAAGGAGGCUGUGUACGCGCGCCACAACCUCGCCGCCGCACACGCCGACUACCUCUUCUCCCUCCGCCGCACCGGCUCCGCACUAUCCUCCUUUGGCGAGGGCGAGCAUCUCGCUGUCUCCCACGACGCCCGUCCCGUCUUCCUCCACCCCACCAUUCCCACCACCACUCCCCUCCCUCCACGCGUCCCUUCCCCCUCCCCUUCUCCUCCACCGCCACCACAGCAACAGCCCAGAACGCCGAUGAUGAAGAAUCCCAUGCCCAUGCCCGUGCCCAACAAUCCGAAGCCGAAGCCGAAGCCGAAGUCGAAGCCGAGACUCCCUCACAUACUCUCCGAAUCGAGCUUCUCAAACUCUCCGCGAAGCGAGUUCUUCCCGACGGCCUACCAGGCCAACUCCACGUACUCCAGUACGCCCUCCCAGACGUCGUCCGUGUGGAACUGGGAGAACUUCUACCCUCCAUCCCCUCCAGACUCCGAGUUCUUCGGCCAGCACAACACCAACACCCACUUCAAUCAACAGCAAGGCCACCAUUUGGACGACGACGAAGAAGAAGAAGAGCUCGAAGAAAAAGCGACCGAGUACGAUUUCUUCGAGAAUCGGGAGAAUCGCAAGAAUCGGAAAGAGGAGGAAGAGACGGAGGACGAGACGGAUGUAGUGACGGAGGCUGAGAGGGAGCGAGAGGAGGUGCAGUGUAGCGAGUGGGAUAGGGAUCACUACAGCACGACGAGUUCGUCGGAAGAGGAAGUGGAGGGUGAAGAUGGGGAUUUGAGGUCGGAGAUCGGGACGCGGUCGAACUUCGGGGGGUCAAUGGCGCCGCCGGUGCCACCGAUGGCGAAUUCGGAAGACGCGGGGUCGUCGGCAGGGAGCUACCGGACCAGGGAGAUCUGGUCGGAAAAUAUGAAGGUGGUGGUGAGGCACAAGGACUUGAAAGAGAUUGUGGACGCCAUCAAGGAGAACUUCGAGAAGGCUGCCGGCGCCGGCGACAAGGUCUCCGAGAUGCUCGAGAUCGGUCGGGCUCAGCUCGAUCGAAGCUUCAGGCAGCUCAAGAAGACCGUGUAUCAUUCAAAUAGUGUGCUGAGCAACCUGAGCUCGAGCUGGACCUCAAAACCGCCGCUGGCCGUUAAGUACCGGCUCGAUGCCGGUUCACUCAGUGAACCGGGCGGUCCAAAGAGCCUCUGCUCCACUCUGGAGCGGCUCUUGGCCUGGGAGAAGAAGCUCUACGCCGAAGUCAAGGCAAGGGAAGGCGUGAGGAUUGAGCAUGAAAAGAAGUUGUCCGCUUUGCAGAGCCAGGAAUACAAAGGGGAGGAUGAAACCAAGUUAGACAAGACCAAGGCUGCAAUAACGAGGCUGCAGUCACUAAUUAUUGUGACAUCUCAGGCUGUCUCUACCACCUCAACUGAAAUCAUUGGUCUUAGAGACUCCGAUCUUGUGCCCCAGCUUGUUCAACUUUGUCACGAGUUCUUGUACAUGUGGAGAUCAAUGAAUCAGUACCACGAAGUUCAGAACAACAUUGUGCAGCAAGUCUGGGGCCUUGUGAACCAGAGAACCAAGGUUGAUUCAACUUCCGAUUCACAUCGGCGGGCAACUCGGGACCUUGAAUCAGCUGUCACUGCCUGGCACUCCAGUUUCUGUCGACUUAUAAAAUUUCAACGGGAAUUUCUCCGAUCCCUCCAAAGCUGGUUCAGGCACACCCUUACACCGGUCACCAAUGACAACACCAAUGCCAAUAGGGAAACCUCGGAUGUAUAUGCCUUCUGCGAUGAGUGGAAGCUUGCCCUUGAUCGUGUUCCCGACACGGUUGCUUCUGAAGCCAUCAAGAGCUUUAUCAAUGUUGUUCAUGCAAUAUCUGCACAACAAUCUGAAGAGCUCAAGAUAAAAAAACGAACAGAAACUGCAUCAAAGGAGCUUGAUAAAAAGCAUUCAUCUCUUAGAAACAUAGAAAAGAAGUUCUACCAUUCAUACUCUAUGGUAGGUAUUGGGCUUCCUGAUGCUGGGUCAGAAACUGGGCAGGCAUUGGAUGCCCGUGACCCACUUGCCGAGAAGAAAUCUGAGCUUGCAGCCUGCCGGAGACGGGUGGAAGAUGAGUUGCAGAGGCAUUCCAAGGCGGUAGAGGUGACGAGAGCAAUGACACUAAAUAAUUUUCAGACGGGCUUGCCAGGUGUUUUUCAGGCAUUAACCAGUUUUUCUGCCUUAUUUGCAGAGGCUCUCAAUUCUGUGUGCAACCUUUCCUAUGCUAUCAAAUAGAUUACACACUUAUUCUGCUUGUGUUUCUGAGGUAAUUUGGAAUGUACAAGGGCUGGGUUUUUUUGUUGGCAGGCUCUUAUUAUUGUUACUAUUAUUAGUUUUGGGGGUUCUUUUUACAUGUAAAUAUGAGGAAUUUUGUGAUUUUAUCACCCUCUUUUGGUGGGAAGGAGAGUGUCUCUGUAUAGGAAAUUGCUGGGAUUGUUGUAUCAGAGGUUCACAAAUUCUGCAGAUGAAUAAAUACACGCUUUCUAC